AAUAUUUUAAUUAAGUUAUGCUUAUAAUUUUAUCAAAUUGGUAUGAGCCGUGACGUCAAACUGGUAUCGAUAUCAUAUGUCGUGACGUCAUUGGGAAAUCAAAAGUGUAGGCCUACUUCUGCAGCAAAACGACGGAAACAACAAUGGAAUUUAAUUCCUCCAAUACAACGAACUUGAAGUCGACGAGUCCUAGGCGGCGUUCUCGUUCUGACCCUCCCAUGAUUCGAACCUACAAACUGCGCGACCGGGAACAUUUCCUUCCGUUACCAGACACGCUGAAGUCGAAAAGGCACCAGAAGGUCGGAGGGCUGGACAUGUGGCCGGCGCACGCUAGCUGUCUAGCAGGCUCGCCUCCCACGCGCAUGCUGACGCCGGACAAGAGGCUGGUGCUGGUCGGUGCCGAAGACACGUGCAGGCCGACGCUGAUGCCGAAGCCGCAGCUCCUGGAACAGCUGGAGAGGUCCCUGGAGGACGAACUGCACAGACUGAACGUCACCGAGGUCAAGCCCAGCGAGAUGAGAUUCCAGAUUUAUCGUCAGGUGUUUGAAGCUUUAAUUGAAUACUUCCCAGCCUACAGUUUUGUGCUGACCUCCAUUAAAAACGAAUAUGAGAUGGUGUUAAAUGAGCAAAGACUGGAGAUAAGUAACCUGCUACCAUUACAGGAUAAGCUGGUUUCAUUGUCGGAACAGUACGAAGAAGAAACAAUCGAUCAAAAACAAAGCGAAAAUGAAGAAAUCACCAUCCUGAAAGAAGACAUCCGAAAGCGGCGUGAACAGAUCGAGAAGGUAAAGCAGGAGAAGAUCGAGCUACAAAGGGAGGUAGAGCGCUUGCAGAGUUUGGUGGGCCACAAGUACAAAAGUUGCCGAGACGAGAUGGAUGCACGAAAACUGAUCGCUCAGGAAAUCGACGAAAUCCGCUUCCUGCCCGAAGAUUUGCCGGUACACUACGAAAAAGUGUUCAUGGGCGCUCGGAGCAGUACGUUUGGACUGAUGUGAACUGCCUCAAAAUGGCCGCCUACCUCCGAAUUAUUAAUUCUUAAUGCAGAGUUCUGCGACGAACUGUCUUAAGUCUAUAUGGUCUGGGUGUUUUUUUUUCUUAGUUUACAUUUCCGCUAUUUAACUCACAUUAUAAAAAGAAGAAAAGAUCUUGGUAUUUUUUAGUUCGGUUUAGUACGAUGGAAAAACAUGAAUGGAAUACACCCUAGAACAAUAUCACAGUGCAAAAUCACGUGAUUACAUUGUGUACGCAGCAGCGUAUUCGUUCAGUAAACAUACAGCGUGUGGGUACGCUAAGAAUACGCUGAUACGUCACCUUGUAAACUUGUUUCUAUGAAGAUGUCGCGAAUACACAGAGGCGUAAAUUCAAGUAUGUGUUUUCUCUCAAGUAUACAAGAAUACUGUUCGGUAUUUCAAAGUAUUCUUGUCUUUGUUCACACAUAAACGGUCUUCUGUAUUA